CGACUUCAUUUCCGGUCGUCGUUACUGCCAGAGGUGAAAGACACCGACACAUCCAGCGCAGAUUCUGAGCAUUAAAUCGUAUUAAACAUCGACGAAGUCCGGAUUGGUUCUGUUGGAGUGAUCGGCGGGAUUCAUCGCGAUCUGAAAGUGGUGGACUGAACCAUAUUAAUUCGUUUGGUUUAGAAGUGAAAGAGUAUCCCGUCUGAAAGUCACUGAGUCGAACAGAUUACGUCAGGAUUAGAGAUUCAUAUUUAAACAUUCUAUAUUAUUUCGCUUACUAUAUAUGUUAUUUCCCCUUAUUAGUAUCUCAUAUUAAUAACCCAGCGUGUUAUAAUCGAGGUCAGCUGUAAAUGUCAGUAGGUCCAGAGGAAGCUCUCCAUAGAUGAGCUGUAGAGCUCAGGCUGAGGGUUUUAAUGGGAGACGGUUUGAUCUGUUCUGAGAUCAGAUGGCGGAGGCACCGGCUUUGGCCCGCUUGGAGUCCCUGGCCCGGUAUGUUCACAGAGCGGCCGGUGAGGGUCGAGUCCUGACCCUGGCCGCCCUGCUCCUGAACCACUCCGGCGUCCAGACCCGGCACCUGCUGGAGUACGUGACCCAGGACGCCGGACAGAGGUCCACGCCGCUCAUUAUAGCUGCCCGGAACGGACACGACAAGGUGGUCCGGCUGCUUCUGAACCAUUACAAGGUGGACACUGAACAGACCGGGACUGUGCGGUUUGACGGGUAUAUUAUUGAUGGCGCCACGGCUCUUUGGUGUGCAGCUGGUGCUGGGCAUUUCGAGGUGGUGCGUUUGCUGGUUUCGCACAGCGCUAACGUGAAUCACACCACCCUCACAAACUCCACCCCGCUCAGGGCUGCCUGCUUCGACGGCCGGCUGGACAUCGUACAAUAUCUCGUGGAGCACAAGGCUGACAUCAGCAUCGCUAACAAAUACGGCAACACUUGUUUGAUGAUCGCUGCCUACAAGGGCCACAGCGAUGUUGUUUACUUCCUGCUGGAGCGGGGCGCGGAUCCCAACUCUAAAGCUCACUGCGGGGCCACCGCGCUGCACUUCGCCGCAGAAGCCGGGCAUCUGGAUAUCGUGAAGGAGUUGGUGCGAUGCCAAGCGGCGAUAGUGGUUAACGGACAUGGCAUGACGCCACUGAAAGUGGCAGCUGAGAGCUGCAAGGCGGACGUCGUAGAGCUGCUGCUGUCGCAUGCGGAUUGCGAUAUGCAUAGCCGCAUCGAAGCAUUGGAACUACUCGGAGCAUCUUUCGCCAACGACCGAGAGAAUUACGACAUUCUUAAGACCUACCACUAUUUGUACCUCGCCAUGCUGGAGCGAUUUCGUGAUCCAGAGAGGGUCAUCGCCAAAGAGUUGGCGUCUCCUGUCGUGGCGUACGGAGAGAGGGCAGAGUGCAGGACUUUGCGAGACUUAGAGGCCAUUCAACACGACCGGGACGCACUACACAUGGAAGGCCUAAUGAUUCGCGAACGAAUUCUGGGUGCGGAUAACAUAGACGUGUCGCAUCCCAUAAUAUAUCGCGGCGCGGUCUACGCCGACAACAUGGAGUUCGAACAGUGCAUCAAACUCUGGCUGCACGCCUUGCAUCUACGCCAACAAGGAAACCGCAGCACGCAUAAAGACCUCUUGAGAUUUGCGCAAGUGUUCUCGCAAAUGGUCCACCUGAAGGAGCCGGUCCGCGCAUCGGACGUCGAACACGUUUUGCGCGCCAGCGUCCUGGAAAUCCGCCGCAGCUUGGCGCGCGUGAGGUCCACCUCCGAUGCGGAGUUGCCGGCAGCCACAGAAAGCUACGAAACCAACGUGUUCACUUUCCUCUACCUGGUUUGUAUCUCUACGAAAACGCAAUGCGGCGAAGAGGAACGAGAGCGAAUAAACAAACAGAUCUACGACUUGAUACGCCUUGACCCGCGAUCCCGAGAGGGGUUGACGCUUCUGCACCUAGCGGCUAGCUCUAGCACGCCAGUAGAUGACUUCCACACCAACGACGUGUGCAGCUUUCCUAACGCGCAAGUCACCAAGCUGCUCAUCGACUGCGGCGCACAGGUCAACGCCGUCGACUAUGAAGGGAACAGCCCUUUACAUCUCAUCGUACAGUACAACCGUCCCAUCAGCGACUUCUUGACGCUCCACUCCAUCAUGAUCAGCCUCGUGGAAGCCGGCGCACAUACGGACAUGACCAACAAGCAAAAGAAGACCCCGCUUGAUAAGAGCACGACGGGGGUUUCCGAAAUCCUUCUGAAGACGCAGAUGAAGAUGAGCCUGAAAUGCCUGGCGGCUCGCGCCGUGCGACAACAUCGGAUCUUGUAUCAGAACCAGAUUCCCAAAAGUCUGGAGGAGUUUGUUGAAUACCACUGACCUGUGUUUUAGUUUUUUUCUGUCAGAUCUGGGUUUUGGAGUUUGUUUUAACCUGGCGAACGGUGCUGAGGACUUCUAAUUUGAUCUUGUUUAGUACUAGCAAUUUACUAAUUUACCUGUUGAUCCAUUUGGGAGAUCUGACUGCUGCAGUUAUUCCCAAAAGAACUGGAGUUUCCAGUUUCAUCCUGGCUCUUUUU